GACGGCUGCAGGGGGAGGAGGGGGCCACAGGAAAUCCCCGUCCUUCUGCUCCUCUUCACGAGCAUCUUGCUCUGCAGUGUUGGCGACACCAGUAGAGCGCAUUCUCUGCAGAUCCGGGGAGGAGACCACCUCCAGAACCGCAUUCGAACCGAGCUCUCUGGAUAUUUUGGCACCGCAGCGGGGGAUCGCACAGGCAACCCGAUGCCACCUCCGACCAGAACAUUUGGCCGAGCCGUUGAAUGUUGAUUUAAAAUCGAGCGAGAGUUGUGCGUCCAUUGCCAGCGGAGUGUUACAUAACGAGUGGCUUUAGCUGUCCGCGGUGCUGAACCGCUCGCUCGGAGCCCGGAACCGGACCAGCCGCAGGGAAUUCACGACCCAGCAAGGUCACAGGCCUGUGAGUGAGAGAGCCGACCAUCGAGGCGCCACUGGGUUUGACACCGAUCUAGGUUGAGGUUGUACUCUGCUGUUCGGGAUCUGAGGUGGUCCACCGAUCGGAGAGAAAAUGUCGGGUCAGACACUGACGGAUCGCAUUGCCGCUGCGCAGUACCAGCUGACGGGCUCGGAUAUGGCCCGGGCGGUGUGCAAAGCUACCACUCACGAAGUGAUGGCGCCCAAGAAGAAGCACUUGGAGUACCUGGUGUCGGCCACCAACACCACUAAUGUGAACAUCCCUCAGAUGGCUGACACGCUGUUUGAACGAGCCACCAACGCCAGCUGGGUGGUGGUCUUCAAGGCUCUUGUCACCACCCAUCACAUGUGUGUCCAUGGCAACGAGAGGUUCAUCCAGUACUUGGCCUCCAGGACCUCCCUGUUCAACCUCAGCAACUUCAUCGACAAAACUGGUUCUCAUGGCUAUGACAUGUCCACAUUCAUCAGACGAUACGGGCGAUACCUGAACGAGAAAGCCUUCGCCUACCGCCAGAUGGCGUUCGAUUUCACCCGAGUGAAGAAAGGAGCUGAGGGUGUGAUGAGGACCAUGACUACUGAAAAGCUGUUGAAAGGAAUGCCAGUGCUGCAGACUCAGAUCGACACGCUCCUGGAGUUCGAUGUUCAUCCCAAAGAGUUGAACAAUGGCAUCAUUAAUGCCGCGUUCCUGCUCCUCUUCAAGGAUCUGGUCAAGCUGUUUGCCUCCUACAAUGAUGGCAUCAUCAACCUAUUAGAGAAAUACUUCAAGAUGAAGAAGAGUGACUGCAAGGAAGCCCUGGAGAUCUACAAGAGGUUCUUGACUCGAGUGACGAAGAUCGGGGAAUUCAUGAAGCUGGCUGAGACGGUGGGAGUGGACAAAAAUGACAUUCCAGACAUCAACUACGCCCCCAGCAGUAUCCUGGAGUCUCUGGAAACACACAUGAAUGGUUUGGAGGAUGUGAAGGGAGGAAAGAAAGGGUCUCCUACAAAGGGGUCUCCCACAAACAACGUGUCUCCAACUUCCACUCCAGCCAAGUCUUCAAAUGCGGUCCCCACUCUGCAGCCUCCUCCUGGGGAUAGUGCUGCAGCUGCUGCCCCGGCUGCUCCAGAGCCAGCUGAAGAUUCUUUGUUGGACUUGGACCCGCUGUCCUCAUCUGGUCCUGCGGCAACAUCAGCCGCUCCAACAUCCUGGGGAGACCUGCUCGGCUCAGAAAUGGGUGACUCCUUGCUAGCCGAACCCACGCUCACAGCAGAAGCCGCUCCCUCCCCCGCAGCAGCGACUCCCACCCCCGCGGCGGCAGAAGGCGGAGCGGCCCUAGCUCCUCCCACUAGCACGCCGGCCGCCGCCUCGCCGGGCGCCGCAAAUAUGGACCUGUUGGGAGAUACCUUUGCAACACCAGCAGCUGCCACAGAGGGCGCUGCAGCAGCAGCAGCAGCUGAGGGUGGCGCUGCAGCUACACCUGCCGCAGCCGCCAACACCGGCGCUGAGCCCACUGGAGGAGACGCCCCGGCGGCGGCAGCAGCUCCCGGCGCAGAGCUGAUGUCAGUAUUUGAUGGAUUAGGGGAUGUAAUGAAGCCCAGUGUGACCCCCCAGGCAGGUGACGUUGACACCUCCAUGGCUAACAUGGCGAGUAACCUCACAAUGGGGACCGCUGCAGCCCCUCAGGUAGCUCCCCCCAGUUGGGGUGCUCCCAUGCACGUACCAAUGGGUGUCCCUCCUUAUAUGGGGACUCACCCCGGCUUCGGCAUGGCUGGAGCUCCUGGAGCCGGAGCGCCGAUGAUGCCCAUGGCUAGGCCGGGCUUCUCUGCCCCCGCAGCUGCCCCCGGAGCACCGAUGUCUCCUGGAGUGGCACAGAGCCCCAGAAAGCCUCCGCCACCCAGGAACGCUCUGGACGACCUGAACAUUAAGGACUUCAUGUAGUGAGAUGGGCCUUUCAGGUCCAUCUUUGUGACUGGAGCUCUUUGGAUGUGGAUGUCUGCACUCCCUCACUGCCCACUCUCACCCCUCAGCUCUUUAAAUUCUGACUUCCAACCAGCUGCAAAUGCCCCCCUCCCCCCAAAAAACCCUUCCUCUCCUCCCUCUCUACUGUUGUAGCACAACUGUGAAUGUGAACCCUAGUUACAACUCUCUGUUGAUGUGUGUGAGAGUGUGCGUGUGUGUGUGUAAAUCAGUGUUCAACUUUACUUAAUAUACACAAGGAAAGAACAAAAAAGAAAUAAAUGUGCAUCUAGACUGGUGGAUAUAUGUUGGUUUCUCUGCGCAUCUCCCAGACGAAGACUUCUUUGUAAAAUGUGGACUGUGUUCGGUGUGUGUAACUUCACUGGCCAACCUCGCUCCUCUCUGAACUAAUACUGAGCUACAAGUGAUGCCCAUAUCUGCUUCUAUUUAUCACAAAUGUAUCAUUAAAAAGCGAGUUAUUAUCACGUCCAUCAAACUGUGGUCCCUUUUAUAUUUUUAGAGAUUGUGUGAAUCAGUUUGUUCGAGUUAACAUAUGCAUAUUACACUUUUGAUGAUAGAGUACACAUAUUUUCUUUAACAUUAAUUUUGGGAUGAGAUGUAUUAUAUAUUUUUAGUUAUGUUAUACAAAGCAGUUGGUUGAAACGGCUGUUAAAUGCAAGAACUCUCUGUAAAUAACUUCCCCCAAGCCUGUCAUCAGUGUUGAUCGGAAACCUCUCUGGUGGCUUUCUAUUGCGCCCUCUGCUGGUGAUACGUUAAAUAGCAUGAACACAAGUCAACAAGGCAACGUCGUAGUUCUCUGGAAAAAAAGCUUCUCUUCUCGUCUUCGGUCUCCACUGGAACAUUUUUGUUUUCAAUUUUGAUCGACAACAUUUGUGUUUUCUGGGACGUGGUGACGCAGCAAUCCUGUGGCGGAAGUCGCUGUCGAGUAUUCAUGUUCGCUGGAUGUUCUGUGUUGUUGAUUUCCAAAAGUGGCUGUAUCUUAACCCCUCGUGGCAUUACGAUGUGUUGAAAGAAAAAUAAAGAUGAGACACAAAUACAAAAAAAAAGGAAUGUGGAUACAAAUAAA